CGCGCCAACCCCUUCGCUCCCGGUCGCCCUCGCUGGGAAGGGUCCGGGUGGAGGUCGGGAGCUGCCCCCGCCAUGCUCCGCGGACUGGCCCGGGCCGCUGCCGGGCGACCCGGGGCCCUCUGGAUGCGGGGGUCUGGGAGCGGGACGGAGGUCCCGGCGCACGUGGUGGACCUGCGCAGCGACACGGUGACCAGACCCGGGCCGGCCAUGAGGCGCGCCAUGGCCGAGGCGGUCGUGGGGGACGACGACUACGGCGAGGACCCCACCGUCCGCGAGCUGCAGGAAAAGGCCGCCAAGCUGCUGGGGGUGGACCAGACCUUGUUUGUGCCCACCAACACCAUGGCCAACCUCAUCUCUGUGAUGUGUCACUGCCAGCGCAGGGGUUCCCAGCUCCUCCUCGGGCAGGAGUGCCACCUCCACGUCUUCGAGCAGGGCGGGGUGGCUCAGAUCGCGGGGGUGCACUCCCACCCCCUCCCAGACCUGCCCCGCGGCACCCUGGACCUGGCUGAGCUGGAGAGGAUGGUCACAAGGGGCCUGGGGAGCCCCUACCACCCGGUCUGUGAGCUCAUUUGCCUGGAGAACACCCACAGCAGCUCCGGGGGCCGCGUCCUCCCCAUUGACUACCUGCGCCAGGUGCAGCUCCUGGCCCGGAGCCAUGGGGUCCGCGUCCACCUGGAUGGGGCCCGGCUGAUGAACGCCGCGGUGGCUCUGCACGUGCCCCCCGCCCGCAUCGUGGAGCACUGUGACUCCGUGUCUCUCUGUUUCUCCAAGGGCCUGGGGGCACCGGUCGGGGCCUUGGUUGGGGGGCCCAAGGACUUCAUUGAAGAAGCCUGGCACCUCCGGAAAGCGCUGGGCGGAGGGAUGCGCCAGGCCGGGGUGCUGGCUGCUGCCGCCCUAGUAGGACUGGCGGACUUUGAGGAGGUGCUGCAGAGGGACCACCAGAACGCCCAGAGAUUCGCCAAAGGGCUCCAGGAGCUGGCGUCACCCAUCUGCUCCGUGGAGCUCUCCGCCGUGGAGACGAACAUGGUGAUGGUGAAGGUGGACGGGCUGCGUCCCGAGGAGCUCUGCCGGCGUCUGCAGGCCGUGAGCGCGGACGAGGUGGCUCAGACCGGCCGCGCGGUGCGCGUGCUGCUGUUCCCCUGGACCGAGCGGUCGGUGCGCGCCGUGUGGCACCGCGACGUCUCCGCACAGGACACCGAGCUGGCGCUGAAGAAGUGGGGGUUUGUGCUGAGGCAGCUGGGGUCCUGAGGACGGGGUGGCCGGACCCUGUGCCCCGGCUGGGACCCAGGUGGGGAGUGCAGGUGUCCGGAGGGAGCAGGUGGCAGGAGGGGGCAGUGAAACGACACCCCGUGACCCUGUGACCCGCCUGCUCGGACCCCUUGACUCCCCACACUCAAGGGGAAGCCUUCCACCCGCGCUCCUUCAGCAAGCCCACAGUGCCUCCUGCAUCUGGGACAGGGCACCACGGGGGCGGACCGGUGGGGGCCCAGCUGAGCCCCUUGCCGGAGCCCAGGAAGCAGCCCGGGCAGGGGCUCUGCUCACAGCGCACAGAAGAGGAAACUGUCCUGAGCUCCUGCUCGGGGACACACGGGGAAGGGUGACCGGAGAUUAGAAAGAGACAGCGGGGCAGGAUGCCCGGGAGCCCUAGCUGCCCCGUGUCGGGGGCUGGGAUUUAU